AGGAAGUCACUUACCCUUCAAAGCACCUGUGCUGCUUCUAGGAUCCUGGCAUUGCCUCACAGACUGUCUUCAGGACCACUUUCAGAAGAGCAAGGCAGCUCAAGUGUUGCUGGCUUCUUCUGCUGGUACCCAGAGCCUGCAGAUCCCAAAGAUGAACGCCACAGAGGUCACAGACACCACGCCGGAUGAAACGGCGUACAAUAGUUACUACUUCGAUGAAAGCAUGCCAAAGCCUUGCACCAAGGAAGGCAUCAAGGCGUUUGGGAAGGUCUUCCUGCCUCCUCUCUACGCCUUGGUCUUUUUGCUGGGUCUGUUUGGAAAUUCUGUUGUGCUUCUGGUACUGUUCAAAUACAAGAGGCUCAAGUCCAUGACUGACGUGUACCUGCUAAACCUGGCCAUCUCGGACCUGUUGUUUGUACUGUCCCUCCCGUUCUGGGGCUACUAUGCUGCUGACCAGUGGGUUUUUGGACUAGGUCUGUGCAAGAUUGUUUCAUGGAUGUACCUGGUGGGCUUCUACAGUGGCAUCUUCUUCAUCAUGCUCAUGAGCAUAGACAGAUACCUGGCCAUCGUGCACGCGGUGUUUUCCUUGAAAGCCAGGACUCUGACCUACGGCGUCAUCACCAGCCUGAUCACGUGGUUAGUGGCUGUGUUGGCCUCCCUUCCAGGCCUCUUGUUCAGCACUUGCUCCACAGACCACAACCACACGUACUGCAAAACCGAGUACUCGGUCAACUCGACAACGUGGAAAGUCCUCAGCUCCCUGGAGAUCAAUGUCCUGGGGCUGGCCAUCCCCCUGGGCGUCAUGCUCUUUUGCUAUUCCAUGAUCAUCAGGACCCUGCAACACUGUAAGAACGAGAAGAAGAACAGAGCAGUUCGGAUGAUCUUCGCCGUGGUGGUCCUCUUCCUUGGUUUCUGGACGCCAUACAAUGUGGUGCUUUUCCUGGAGACCCUGGUGGAGCUUGGAGUCCUUCAGGACUGCACCUUGGAGAAGUACCUAGACUAUGCCGUCCAGGCCACAGAAACCCUGGCCUUCACUCACUGCUGCCUUAACCCCGUCAUCUACUUCUUUCUUGGGGAGAAAUUCCGCAAGUACAUCACCCAGCUCUUCAAAACGUGCUGGGGUCCUCUUGUGCUCUGCCAACACUGUGACUUCCUUCAGAUCUACUCUGCGGACACCUCCAGCUCCUCUUACACGCAGUCCACUGUGGAUCAUGACUUCCGUGACGCUUUGUAACAUGUGAACGGGGGUGACGUGGCAUUAACAAGCUCCACACACCCAGCACCUGCUUGCCUUGUUUCAGUCCGGGUGCCCUGAACAGGUCUCUGAGGAAGAAAACAAGGAAAAACCAAGAUCGUGGCAAGAUGGCGUCUCUCCCUGCAGGUGGCUCCCAAGGAUGCUCCCAAGAGGUUCAGAGCCCUGACGGAUGGAGGAAUCACCCCUUCAUGAAAAUGAGCCCUUCAAUGGAUCUCUAGUUUUUUGAUCAGCUACCUAGAAUUCUUAGACAUGCCGUAUUCCGUGAAGCCAGAUGUCUGGAGAAUGAGGAGCUUAUAUCUUGAUUCCCUUAUUAUAGAAGAGGCUUUGUUGAAGCCUGGUUACGGGUGUAGAGAUAAGGGUGUUGGGAUGACCCGCUCUCCAUUUGAAACAAGGCACGGGGAACACAUCUGUUGAAAUGCCCUGUAGUUUGGCUUGAUGGUAUAUGUUUUAAUUGUGACAGGCAGUUGUUCAGAUUGUAGAAGAAGUUCAUUGGUGCAAAGAAGGGUGAAAUGCCCUUGGAAUCCUAGCUACUCCAGGGAUAAGGCCAAGAGAUAUUAGAUUCCAGGACUGCCUGGACAAUACACUGAAAGCCUGUCUUCAAACCAAACCCAAAUCUAAAUCAAAACCAAAAUGAAAGCCAAACCAAGCAAUACCCCAAAAGUUAGCUCUGAAAUGUUCUUGUGAGCACCCUAAAUUCAUCUUUAAUCUUUCUUCUUCUUCUUCUUCUUCUUCUUCUUCUUCUUCUUCUUCUUCUUCUUCUUCUUCUUCUUCUUUUUCUU